AAGUCCUUGAAGAUCAUAGAAGCACAAUGUUUGGGUUGGGUUGGAAAGGUCCUUGAAGGUCACACGUCCUGCCCCGUAGGUCUGCCAGCAGCCCGAGUGCGGGAAGUGCAAGGCGUGCCAGAACAUGGUGAAGUUCGGGGGCAGCGGCCGCAGCAAGCAGGCGUGCCUGCAGAGGAGGUGCCCCAAUCUGGCGGUGCGGGAGGCAGACGAGGACGAGGAGGUGGACGACAACAUCCCCGAGAUGCCCUCCCCCAAAAAGAUGCUGCAGGGGAGGAAGAAGAAGCAGAAUAAGAGCCGCAUCUCCUGGGUGGGGGAACCCAUCAAGAGCGAUGGGAAGAAGGAUUUCUACCAGAGGGUCUGCAUCGACUCCGAGACCCUGGAGGUGGGGGACUGCGUCUCCGUCAGCCCCGACGAUCCCACCAAGCCCCUCUACCUCGCCAGGUGGGUCCGGCCCCGUGGGGGGGCUGCUAAUUAGGGGGGGCUGCCAAUUAGGGGGGGCUGCCAAUUAGGGGGGGCUGCCAAUUAGGGGGCGCUGAUUGCAAUUAGAGUCGCGGAACCGUUGAGGUUGGGACCCCCAACCCAUCCCCCCCUGCGUCCUCUGAACCACGUCCCAAAAUGGGGUCAAUGGGGGUGUUGGAUUUGGGGUUGGGGUUGGGA